AGUCCGCUCGGCGCGAGCGCGGGGACGCGGGAGCUGCGCGGGAUCCGAGCAGGUUUCCGGAGCAUCCGCCAGGCUUAGCCCCGCUCCUGGCCCCGCCGCGCAGCCCAGGGACCUGCUAUGGCCACGUCUAUACUCGGGGAAGAGCCGCGCUUCGGAACGACCCCGUUGGCCAUGCUGGCGGCGACCUGCAACAAGAUCGGCAACACGAGCCCGCUGACGACGCUGCCAGAGUCGAGCGCCUUCGCCAAGGGCGGCUUCCACCCCUGGAAGCGCUCCUCGUCCAGCUGCAACCUCGGCUCUAGCCUCUCGGGCUUCGCCGUGGCCACCGGUGGCCGCGGCUCGGGCGGCCUGGCGGGCGGCUCGGGCGCAGCCAACAGCGCCUUCUGCCUGGCCUCCACGUCCCCCACGUCGUCCGCUUUCAGCAGCGACUACGGCGGCCUCUUUUCCAACUCGGCGGCCGCCGCGGCGGCGGCGGCCGGAGUGUCCCCGCAGGAGGCGGGCGGCCAGUCGGCCUUCAUCUCCAAGGUGCACACCACGGCGGCCGACGGUCUGUACCCGCGCGUGGGCAUGGCACACCCGUACGAGUCCUGGUACAAGUCAGGCUUCCACUCGACGCUGGCGGCGGGCGAGGUGACCAACGGCGCGGCGUCGUCGUGGUGGGACGUGCACAGCAGCCCGGGCUCGUGGCUGGAGGUGCAGAACCCCGCUGGGGGGCUCCAGAGCUCGCUGCACUCGGGCGCCCCCCAGGCCUCGCUGCACUCGCAGCUCGGCACCUACAACCCCGACUUCAGCUCGCUCACGCACUCGGCCUUCAGCUCCACGGGCCUCGGCUCCUCAGCCGCCGCCGCCUCGCACUUGCUCUCUACUAGCCAGCACCUGCUGGCCCAGGACGGCUUCAAGCCGGUGCUGCCCUCCUACUCGGACUCCAGCGCCGCGGUGGCGGCUGCUGCCGCCAGCAGGCCGGGCGAGAGGUUUGAGCGAGCGAGUAGAGACACCGAGAGCGAGCGAGAGGUUCGGAGGGCCAGCGAGCGGGGCACGGACGGGCGGGGGCUCCAGGGACGCCCCCGGGCCAGCGCCAAGUGCAGCCGCACCCGGCUCCCCGGCCGCUGCUCGCCGGCCCAGCCAGGAGCUCCCCUCUGCUGUCCCAGCCUAGACGAGAAUCGAACUCGUGAUCCAGGAACAAAACUUGUAACCGGGACCUCCCUGCCCAGCCCCCCGCGCGCCUUCUGGGCCAGACCCGGUCGCCUGGAGAAGCUGGCAGGGGUGCGUUUGCUCCGGGGGCGUUGGGCCGCGUCGCAGGAGGCCGAGAGAGGGUGCCCGGCGCGUUUGGGGACCGCGGGCCGGCGGCACGGAGGUGAGAGUGUGGUGGGCUUUCCCGAGGAAGGGGGCGCCCGGGCGUCUGUCCCGGGCAGCUUUGUUUCUCGUGGAUAA